AACUUGGCAUUUACAAACAUCAAAACCAGAGCCAAAAUGACCCCUAAAUUAUAUAAAGAAGAGGAGGAAUUGAUUGCAAAGGCCCUCAGUGCGUGUCAACACGAAAAAAAGCCGAAUUUUAGCAAAUUAUCGCGUGAAUAUGGGGUGUCUCGCAAAAAACUGUCCCGUCGGUGGCAUGGCUUACCCUCUCGCUCAACACGCCCACCUACGAGGCGCCUACUAUCUCUAGAUCAAGAAAAGGCACUUAUUCUAUGGAUUGAGUAUCUAGAUAAUAUAGGUGCGCCUCCUACGAAUCAGCAAAUUGAAGAAAGUGCGAAUUAUUUGCUCGGCAAAGAUUUCAGUGGUCCAGGAGAGGCCCCUCGUGCCGGAAAAAAUUGGGUACACGAUUUUAUCAAGCGCCUGCCAAAACAAUAUGUACGAAUCGUUCAAAAACCUCAAGAAAAGGAACGUACCGUUGCAGAGCAUUAUGGUGAGAUUGAGCGCUGGUUUAUUGACCUCGAGCUCGCUAUACAACAAUACAAAAUUCGCCCUCAAAAUCUGUGGAACUUUAACGAGACCGGAUUCAUUGUUGGACAAGAAAAAGAUGAAGCGGUGGUAACAGCAUAUCCAAAAACAUCAAAAAGGGUAUCUAGCCUGUCCUCUCGAGAAUCAAUUACUGUCAUUGAGGGUAUAAAUGCCGAAGGAAAGAUUAUACCACCUUUAUUGAUUCCAAAAGGCAAGGUCCAUUUGGAGGAAUGGUACCGGCAUAUAAAAAAUGACGACUGGCUAGUUGCACCUGCUUUGAAUGGAUUUAUCACAGAUGAGAUCGCAUUCGAAUGGCUUCAACACUUUAACCACUUCUCUAGGCCCGGGGCCUUCCCGGAUUGGCAGUUACUUCUUAUGGAUAAUCAUACAACUCAUCUUACUAUACAGUUCGUGCAAUAUUGUGAAAUUUGGCACAUUCGCCCAUUCCGAUUUCCGCCUCAUUCUACGCAUUUUUUACAACCGCUCGAUGGAGUGCCAUUUCAGCAAUAUAAACAUGUUCAUGGACGGGUUGUGAACAAGAUUGCACGCUUGGAGGAAGCAUUUGAAGCACUUGUUGCUGAAGGGGAUGCACUAAAAAUAUAUAGCGAGGCGGAUGACACUAUUCCCAGCUCACCAACUACAAAAUCAAUAUCUCUACCAUCAACGGCCGUAAAACUACGUCGCUAUGUCAAUAAGAUUGAGAAAUCGAUUGACAGUAUAAAGGAUAUUCUUGACAAAGUAAGCCCGGGCCUUUCACGCCGUAUAAAAGUGGUUAAUCAAGGCAGUCUCACCUUGGCCGAAUUAGGCGAUCUACACCGUGAGAGCUUUGCCAAGGUUCGUGAUAUAGCAACGCGCAAGAAUCAAAAAACUACAAAGCGCCAAGUCAAAGCGAGUGGUGCACUCUAUGUAAAAGAUGCGAAUCGCCUCAUAAAACGCCGUCAUGAUGGGGAUUUGUUGAAAAUCUAUAAGAGCCAUGUCGUUGGCGUGCCGCAGCCGAUGGAAGAAGUGGCUUCAACAGAGCCUCAAAACAGCAGAUUUUUCUUUGAUACUCAGGGAGAUAGGUGA